AUGUUCCGCACCGCACAACCAAGCGCCAUCGGCGGCGGCGCCUCGGCCGCCGCAUCCUCGUCGUCAUCCGGCCCCUACCCCUCGUCGGCCAACCCCAUCUCCGGCAUCACCACCGCGCCCACCGUCAAGCGCCGCAACCUAAAGGGCGGCAAGCUCGAAAAGUACCCGCACCGCCUCAACUUCUACUCGCUGCCCCCCAUCGACGAAAUCACCAUCGAGCAGUUCGAGUCCUGGGCCAUCGACCGCCUAAAGGUCCUCGCAGAGGUCGAGUCCUCCCAGGCACGCAACCGCUCCUAUCCAGAGAUGAAGGAGGCCGUCAAUGCAAUGGCGAAAAAGUACCUUCCGCUCGCGGCCAACACCGCUGCCAGAUCCACCGACGUGCAGCUCGAGAGGACAAAGGACCACGUCAGCCACUUUGUCCUUCGCCUCGCCUUUUGCCGCAGCGAGGAUCUGCGCCGGCGCUUUGUCAAGGCCGAGACCACCCUCUUCCGCCUGCGCUACGAGAGCGACGACACGGCCGAGCGCGAGGCGUUCCUCGCCGACCUCAAGACGGCGCUCCAGUUCAAGUGGGACGACGUCAGCCACGACGAGAUGCGCCUCUACCGCGAGCAGCUCAUCGCCACCCACCCGCGCAUCGCCCAGACCUUUGACGCGGAAAAGUUUGUCAAGGUCGAGUGGACGCGCGUCACGGACCUCGUCGAAAAGCGCCGCGUCUUUCUGCACGCCGGCAAGGCCUGGGUGCCCAUCAAGGAGCAGUCGAGCCUCAUCUUUGCCGAGUUCCAGUCGCGCCUCGCCAGGGACCUCGAGGCCACCGCCAAGGCGCUGCCCCGCCUCGACGAGGACGACCGCCUGCUCCCCGUCCUCUCGCACCUCAGCAUGGGCUUCCUGGCCGGCCUGUCCAACGACUUUUCCAACUCAUCGAUCACGGCUGACGGCACCACGACCAUCACGGCCGGGAUGGUCGACUCGCUGGUCAAGGCCCACGCGCCCCUCUGCAUGCGCCACCUGCACACGACCCUGACCGAGUCGGGCCACUUGCGCCACUACGCGCGGCUGCAGUACAACCUCUUCCUCAAGGAGCUCGGCCUGCCCAUCGAGGAGGCGCUCCUCUUUUGGCGGCGCAGUUUCCGCAACAUGACCGACGACAAGUUCACAAAAGAGCACCGCUACAAUAUCCGGCACGGCUACGGCCUCGAGGGUCGGAGGCUAAACUACCCGGCCAAGAGCUGCGCCCGCAUCCUGACCCAGGACCCGCCGGGCCCGCAGGACUCGCACGGGUGCCCCUUUCGCCACUUUUCGCCGGCCAACCUCUCGACGGCGCUGUCGACGCACUACGGCCUCAGCGCGGGCGAGCAGGGCGAGAUCCUGACGGCCGUCAAGGCGGGCCACUACCAUGUCGGGUGCACGCGGCUGUUUGAACUGACCCACCGCAACAGGGGGGUCAAGAAGGGCGCCGGCCUCGACGGUCAGGGCGAGAGCGUAUCCCACCCCAACAGGUACUUUGAGAGGAGCUGGAGACUCGAACACGAGGGCGGCGAGGCCAUCACCGUCGACCACGACGACGACGACGGCGUCGAAGGCGGUGCAGGCACCGUGGCUUCGAACGCGAACGCGACCACGACGAGGGCGGGGUCGGGGUCGGGGUCGGGGUCAAAGGGGAAUGGAACCACCGACGGCGAUGGUGAUGGUGUUGGAGAGGACGAUGAUGGGUUCGAUGCCGAUAUGAUGCAGGAGCUCGAGAGGCAGGAGAGGGAGCAAGAGGAAAAGAGGCAGAGGUUGAGAAUCGAAGAGGAGGAAGCCAUGGACCUCUCCUAG